GCAUGCUGUAUAUUUAGUUUUCCACAAGUGUCAACUGAUGCAAUACAUUCCUGCCAUCCAGAGAGAUCCCGGAACAGGUGAAGAACCAACUGAUGUUGACCUUUGGAGGAUUACACACGUGAGGAAUGGAGUAUGGUCUGAUGAAGCUUCUCAGGCUGUCUAUGAGAAUGCAGUCGUCAAAAUUGCAGAAAAGUGUGAAGAAAAAGACACUAUUAUAUCAAAUUCAGAAGAAAAUAUUAUUUUCCAAGCAACCUACAAGGAAAGCACAGGAUGCAAAACAUCAACUGUUCAUGGUCAUGGGUACAUGUCUACACGUCCAACAGAGAGGGCAUCAAUGAAGGAUCAACUCGAAGAACAAGCCCGUGCUACAGUUGCAGCCAACCAGAAAAAUCAAGAGCUACAAGAACAUAUUGAGAAGCUAAAUGACAAACUUGAAAACCAAGAAGCUGAGAGUGAAAGGAAAUUAGAAGAAAAGUUGCAGCAGUUCAAAGAGGAAGAGAGUAGGAAAAUCCAAGCACUUAGGGAUGAAUUCAUGGCAGCACUUCAAGAAAAUACACAAACCACGUUAGCUCAGCCUGCACCAAAUAACUCAAACAUCCAACAGGAAGCUACGCCACCUAUUGACAAAAGAGCUGCCACUACUCCAGAUUCUAAUGCAACUGAAGCUGCAUCAGUUCAGACUACACCAAAAAGUGCAUCCAUCCCAGAGGCAGCAAAGCAAGUGGAGAUACAUGCAACGAAAAUACCAUCCUCUAAGGCCAAGAGAAGUCUUUCUCAAACCAACAAGAAUUAUAUUAGUUCACAUAACUUGAUGAAUGCUGCUGUGAAACGUAUACGGACUAGAAGCCAGCAGGAUAUUUGAACUUGCUAAAUGGAUCAAUCGCACACUGAUGCCUUCCAUGAUCAACACAAAGAUAGUCUGCAUCAAUGUCAAACAAUGUUUCUUGGAUCCUACAUAAGACAGAUGUAGUUGUGUUGUUGACCCAACAGUAGCUAGCUAGCUAUCUAUGAACUAUUCUCAAUUCUGAAAUUGUACUGCAAUUUGGCACUUGGCAUUUUAUUAUCUACUCAUUAGCAGAGUUAAUGUUGGAUUCCUUUCA